AUGAUGGCCAAGCCCCUGGACGGUUAUUCCCUGGUGGAAAAAUUUAAGGUCCUACCACUCAAAGCACUUGAGAGCUAUAUCUUGGAUUCCACUCAUCACUUGGAAAAAAACUGGUGUGAUGUUAAGUAUUUAUUAUUUAAGAUGCCUUGGAUGGGCUACAAAGACGAGCCCGACUUCGACGAAGAAGGCAAGCCAAUUUUACGUCGCACUACACCACUACAUCUCUUGGCUAGAGGCGCAUUACCCCUAGCCAAAUUCAGGGAUAUCUCCGUUCGUGAACUUUUCGACAUAUACAGGUUUGACUUGAAUUACAUCGACGAGUUUGGAUUGACGCAUUUCCACGUGGCCUGUCGAUAUGGCUACGAAGAAGUCGCCCGAAGAUUUCUCGAUCUCGGAGUGGAUCCGAAUCUCCCCGCGGGAGAAAUAGACGAUACGCCGCUACUAUUGGCUUUGGACUGGCGCCAUAAAAAGGUGGCUGAACUGCUGCUGAGAAGAGGCGCCCAUUGGAAUCUGCCGAACAAGAAUGGGUUGACACCUCUGCACGUCACUUGUCAGACAAACGACGGUGGCAAUUUUAUGGAAUUUUUUUUCAACAUCAACGAUCAUUUACAUCAUCAGGUGCAGGUGAACUCCUCAGACAAGUUUGGUGAUACACCAUUGCACUUUGCUAUGUUCUAUGGAAAUAAGAAGAAAGUCGAAUUGUUGCUGAGAAGAGGCGCCGACUCAAAUUUGAGAAAUGCAGAAGGAUCGACUCCUUUACACAUUGUUUGCUAUAGGCGGUACAAUCACGACUCGGCGAAGUCGUUCUUUAAGAUCAACAAAGAACUCAAUCGGCCGGUGCUGAUCAACGCUGCGGACAAUCAUGGACGGACACCGUUGCAAUUAGCUGUAGCGAAUAUCGCACCGGUUACUGUGCAUGUUCUGUUGAAUAAUGGCGCUGAUGUGUCGAGCUUUGUUUUUCCCGAUGACAGUUACUUCGGCAAGGAAGUUAAACAGCCGGAGAAUGGAUGUGAGGCUGACUUUCAAUUGAAACUAGUUGAGGGUACUCUGUUCAUCAUCGAACGUCUUAAGACAAGUGGAUACGAGCUGAGCCGAAGCGACGCCUCGAAGAUCAUGAAGCUCUUUGACAAACCCGGAUUGAACGAUCCCUCGUUAUAA